AUGCUGCGGGGCCUCCUUGAAGCCCUACGAUGUCUCCUUAGGGGCGUCAGCAGGCACACGGGGGGCCCCCAGGGGGCCCUUGUGGGGCCCCCCUUCUCUGUGAGGGAGAUCGCAGCAAUUGUAGGGAUAUAUGGAUGUCUUGCUGCAGCACUGCAGCAGCAGCAACGAAUCGAAGCCAGUGAAAGGGGCCCCCUAGAGGGGCCCCUCAGAGGGGCCCCUGAAGCGGUGAGGAGCCCACUGGGCCCCACAGGGGCCCCUUCUACUGUCUGCACUGCAGCUGGAGGGGGCCCCUUGGGGGCCCCCCACAGGGGCCCAUCAUUGGGGGGGGCCCCCAGCGUAGCGGUGUGGGGCAGGCAGCUGCACGGGGUGUAUAGGGAGGUCGUAGGUGCGGUGCUGCUGCAUGCAUUGGGGGCCUCGCGACGUCCUUGUCUACCUCCAGGGGCCCUUAUUAGUGCUGAUUCCUUUUGGGGGCCCCUUGAUAGGGAGAAGGAGGGAUGGGGGGCCCCCACAGGUCUUUCUGCUGCAUCAGGUUUGCUGCUGAGGGCCCCUAUACCUCUCACCAGUUUGCUGCAGAUUCUUGCUGCCUUCCAGCAGCAAUCGGAGCAGCGCUCUAGGGGGCCCCCUUGGGGGGCCCCCCAACCAAACCCGGGGGGCCCCACCGCAUUACAAGGGCCCCUGCCUUCUAUAAGGGCCCCCAGUGCGCUAUUGCAGCUUCUAGAAAGGGUUAUAUGGGAGGCUCAAGGAGACUGGGGGGCCCCCCAGGGGGCCCCCAUUUUGAGUGGGCGGUGCAGCUUGCCUCCCCUUGCUGCUGCUGCUGCUGCAGCCCAGCUGCAGCAAAAGCAGCAGCAGCAGCAAGACGAAGCAGCAUCAGAAGAAGUUGAAAGAUUGGUGUUUGCUGCUACAGUGCUGGCGGAGGCUCGCGCUGAAAGGGGGGCCCCCAAAGGGCCUAAGGGUCCUUUCUUCCUGGCUUUGUCUCUUAUUAGCGAAGCUCUUCUUCAGCGUAUUGAUGCCUUCCUAACAACAACACCUAGGGCUCUUGCUGCUGCUUCCCAGGGUUGUGGUGGGGGCCCCCGUGCAGCAAACCCUUUGGGGGGCCCCCCUGCUCCUCUUAUUUCAGAGGCAUCACUUCGUUGUCUGCUUCCUAGGGUUCCUCUGGGGCCCCCAGGGGCCCCCGGUGCUGCAGCAAUUUGUUUGCUGCCUCUGUUGCUGCUGCAGUCUUUCGCAUAUAGCAGCUUCUCUCACGACGGCCUCAUAGCUGCCUUAUGCUAUUAUUUAAUGAAGCCUUUAAGGGGGGCCCCCGCAGUACCCUCUUCUUUGAAUAGGGGGGCCCCCAGAGGGGCAGAAGUAGGGGGCCCCUUGACUGUAAAGGGUUUAUCUGGGGGGCCCCCUGCUGCAGUAACACCAGAAGGGGGGGGCCCCCACUUCUUUUGUUUAUUAGAUCUGUGGCCUUCACCUGCUUUGUGCUGUCUUGCAAAUACUUUGCAUGCAUUGGGGGCCCCCCAGCCUUCUUUUUUUCGUUAUCUCUUCACUCAUUACUUUCCUCCAGGGGGGCCCCCCACCAAACAAAGGGGGCCCCGUUCACACUGCAGCAGCAGCAGCAGAUCCAGAAAUUGCAGCAGCAAAAACAGCAGCAGGUCUUUAUGCAGCAGCAAAACCAGCAGCAGAGGCUGCCGCAGCCGCAGCAUCUUCUCUGCCCCCACAGCUGCAGCAGCAGCAGCAGCAACAGCAGCAGCAGCACAAAAGGAGAUGGCUGAUGCUGCAGCAGCAGCAGGGGGGCUUGAUGCUUCUGAAAUAGAGGAUCAGGGGGCCCCCUGGGGGCCCCUCUUAGAUGCUUGGGGUGGUUCGGUAGGAUGGGCGUUGGGGGCCCCCCAGAGGAAGCGGCAUCUAUUACGUUUGCUGCUGCAGCAGGGCCCCCCCCAUCUGAGGGGCCCCCAGGUGUAUACGCAGCUUCAUAUUCGGGGGUUUGACCGCUGCAGCAGACGGGAGCUGCUGCAGCUGCUGCUGGCAACAGCAACUUCAGGGGCCCCCCCUCCGAGUCCUCAAUGGCUGCAGUACCUUGCACUGCUGCUGCAGCAGCAGCAGCAGAAAGCUUUGCUGCUGCAGCAGCAGCACGAAGGGAACGGCCUCACCAGUCAAACUGCAGCAGCACGAGCCGCAACAGCAGCAGCAGCAGGAACCAACGCAGCCGCCUCAGGAGCAGCAGCGAGCGUAGGAAACACACCACUCACUGUAGCAGCAGCAGCAACAGCAACAGCAACAGCAACAGCAACAGCAGCAGCAGCAGCAGCUAGUGAUGAUGAAGCUGAGGACUUAGCAAUGCUCGGCUUUGCGUUGCCGUAUUUGCCGCCUCUCACGUUCCUCCCAGCCCUCUGGCCUACUCCAAAACAAUACAGGGGGCCCCCUACUGUUGCAGUGGGGGCCCCUCAGGGGCCCUUAGAGGAGGGGGGGCCCACCCAGGGGCCCCUAGGGAAGUGGGGGGCCCCUCAGUGGCCCCUAGGGAAGGAAGGGGCCCCCCAGGGGCCCCUUGAGGAGCGGGGGUCCCCAAAGGGGCCCCCAUCUCUAGGGGCCCCUGAAGAGCCCCUAGAGAUGGGGGGCCCCCAAGGGCCCCAGGAAGGAAGGGGGCCUCAAGGGUUUAUAGAAGAGGGGGCCCCCAAGGGGCCUCUUAUAAGACAGGACCCUGAAGGACCCCAGGAGUGGGGGGGCCCCCAAGGGCCCCUAGAGAGUGGGGCCCCCUCAGGGGCCCCCUAUGAGAUUUACUCUCUGCCUGUUUUGGGGGCCCUUAACAUCAACUCCCUGGAGAAGGUUCCUCUUGUAGCUCUUCAAAGUCUCCUUUUGGGGCUGGUGCUGCAUGCGCCCCCUAUCCAGCAGCAGCAGCAGCAGCACCAGCAGCAGCAAGGCAGGACAACGCCCAGCAGCAGCAGCAGCAGCAGCAGGAGCUGUAUCUUGGGAGCUAAGAAAGGGCCUUGCAUGCACUGGGAGCCCCUUCGUCUCGUUGCUGCUGCUGUUGAGGAGACAGCUGGUGGUUUAUUGUCUCUUUGGCAGCAGCAAUUCUCGCCGCAGCACUUAAGAGGGGCCCCCCUUGCUGCAGCAUUCGGUAUCUGCUGCAGCAGGGCCCAGGACCCUAUAGGGGCCCCCAACUUAGAAGGGGGGGCCCCCAAGGGGCCCCCUUUGAAGGCCUUCACUGGUAUGGGGGCGGCGCGGCUCUGCAGGCAGUCGUUUACUGCUGCUUUGUCUAUGGCGCUGCUCGCAAGGGUGCUUCCUUUACCUGCAGCAGCAGCAGCAGCAGCAGGUGGAGCAGCAGCGGGUGCAGCAAAUGGUGAUGGAGAGGGAGAAAAUGAGCAGCAACAGCAGCAGGUAGUGCAGCAGCAGCAGCACCUGCAGCAAGGAGUUCAGGGCCGUCGGCGGCGGCUGCUGCUGCUCAGGCAAGGACCCCCUGCUGCUUAUCUGUCUCCUUCCUGUAUGCUGCAGCUGCUGCCGCUGCGCACCUUGCGUCAUUUGCUGCUGCUGCUGCUGCUAUCUGCAGACCCCUCCCUUUGGGGGUCCCCGGAGGGGCCCCUUGUGCAGCAGAUGGAGCUCGUUCUGCUGCAGCUGCAGCAGCAGCAGCAGAUCUCCCUGCAGCAAACAGGGUUUUCCCUCAUACCAACGCUAAUGGAGAGUCCAGCAGCAGCAGCAGCAGCAGCAGCAGCAGCAGCAGCAGCAGCAAAAGAAUCGUACCUGCCGGCGCAGCAACGACUGGAGCCCGGGACAGCUUUGGCAGGCCUUUUGCGCUCGAUGCAGCAGCAGCAGCAGCAGCAGGUGCAGCAGCAGCCGCAGCAGCAGGUGCAGCAGCAGCAACUGCAGCAGCAGCACUUGCGGCAGCAGCAACUGCAGCAACAGAAUUUAGGGGGGGGCCCUUCGUCUUCGCAGUUCCAGCGCGAAGUAGCAGCAGCUCUACAGGGCCUCAGCAGCAGCAGCAGCAGCAACAACAACAACAACAUGCUUCGUGAGGUUGCUGUGGGGCCCUACUACAUUGAUAUUGUCUUAGAGGCCCCCGAAACCCUGUCGGGCAAACCCUAA